UGCUUUCAGCGGGUAAGUGUGCUGAUCAUUCUCUUUCCUCUCUGAAUCAGUCGGACUGACAGUUCUUCUGCGCUUUCUUCUCCUCUGCCUCAACUACUUUCUGUUGCUCGAUCCUUGAGCGACUUCUUCAGAAGUCCGUCCUCAGUGAACAAUCAAAGAAACCUCAUACAUCUUCCAUUUUGGUGUGAUUUUUCUUAGGGGAUGAGAAAUGGCGGUGGCAGAUUUGAACACGGCUCUUGCUUUGCUUAUCCUUCUCCUUGUGGGAUCUCUUCUGCAGGCUGAGGCUGACAUUGGUGUGAACUGGGGGAUUCUUUCUACCCACCGGCUGUCUCCUCCCAUAGUUGUAGAUCUCUUGAAGGAAAAUAGGAUUGGGAAAGUGAAGCUCUUCGAUACUGACCCUUCGAUCCUUAGGGCGCUGAUGGGGAGUAACAUCGAAGUCAUGGUUGGGAUCCCGAACGAAAUGCUGGAACUUCUUAGCUCCUCUCCUGUUGCUGCGGACGUUUGGGUUAGCCAAAAUGUCUCGAGAUACGUGGUUAAAGGUGGAGUGAAUAUGAGGUAUAUUGCGGUUGGUAAUGAACCUUUCCUCACAAGCUACCAGGGUCAGUUUCAAUCCUUUGUUGUUCCUGCAAUGCUUAACCUUCAACAAUCGCUUUCUAAAGCAAAUCUAGCAGGCUACAUAAAGCUUGUUGUUCCUUGUAAUGCUGAUGCCUAUGAGGCAUCCCUCCCUUCUCAAGGAGCAUUUCGACCUGAAUUAACUCAAAUAAUGACCCAGCUUGUUUCUUUCCUCAAUUCCAAUGGAUCCCCUUUCCUUGUCAACAUCUACCCUUUUUUUAAUAUCUACCAGAACACAGAUUUUCCACAAGAUUAUGCCUUCUUUGAGGGCUCUACUCAUCCAGUUGUAGAUGGACAAAAUAUAUAUUAUAAUGCCUUCGAUGGCAAUUUUGAUACCUUGGUUGCUGCUCUCAAUAGAAUUGGUUUUGGGCAGAUGCCAAUUGUGAUUGGUGAGGUAGGCUGGCCCACUGAUGGAUCCUUCAGUGCAAAUCUAAGUGCUGCAAGGGCAUUCAACCAGGGCCUGAUUAACCAUUUGCUCAGCAACAAGGGCACUCCUCUGCGGCCCGGAGUACCCCCUGCCGACGUCUUUCUCUUCAGCCUCCUAGAUGAAGAGCAGAAGAGUACUCUUCCUGGGAAUUUCGAACGCCAUUGGGGUAUUUUCUCGUUUGAUGGACAGGUCAAAUACCCCCUGAAUCUUGGCAAUGGCAUCCUUAAGAAUGCCAGAGAUGUCCAGUAUCUUCCUUCAAGAUGGUGUGUUGCAAACCCAUUUAGGGACCUUACUGAUGUUUCAAACCAUAUAAAGCUUGCUUGUAGUGUUGCAGAUUGUACUACUCUUUACUAUGGAGGACUGUGCAAUGCCAUUGGAGAUAAGGGAAACAUCUCAUAUGCCUUUAACAGUUAUUAUCAGGUUCAGAAUCAGGACGAAAGAAGCUGUGACUUUGAUGGCCUUGGAAUGGUUACAUUUCUUGAUCCUUCUAUAGGUGACUGCCACUUUCUUGUUGGUGUUAAUGAUAACAGUUCUUCAACUAGUUGCAGGAUCUUGAGUUGGUUGUGGGUUCUGAUCCUCUGGGUAUUAAUUAGUGCACCAUAGAAUUUUGGGUUUAGUAUGACUAAAAUAGCAGUAGUUAUUCUUUGGAAUGGUUAUAGUUCUACAGAAGCUUGUUAGUAUUCAUAGGAAGAAAAGCUUGGAUCAUAUUGUGUAGGGUGGUUGUGCAUGUCCCUCUGAUUGUGUGGGUGCCCUACAACUAUGAACAUUAUAGGGUGGAAUUAGGCUUCGUUUUGGACAGCUCUCGUAUUAUUUUAUAAAGCAUCUUUUUAGUACAAAAAAAAAAAAA